AUGAAAACCAGACGUUUUCGUAGGAGUGAAGGUCGCAGGCUGAUUAGCUCACCUGCAUUUUUGCAGUCAAAAGGUGCCAUGGGUCUGACAACCACAUUUUCAGCUAGUGGGUCAAACAGUACCGCCAUGGGUGCCCAAGUUCUGAGCAUGGUUCCGUCUCUUCACCGCAGCUCGUGUGCUGAAUCUACCAGCGCAGCAUCAGACUCUUCUCUGCACUUGAGUCUCCACAGCCACCUGAGUUCUAACGGUACGAAACUGUCAUAUCGGGAGCCGCCACUUGAAAAGGCUGCUCCAAAUAGCUCUAGCGUCACCAUUUUUGACUCCUCGUUCAACAUUUCUGCCCCAUCACUUGCAUCAACGGCUUCUGGCUGCAGACGAGUCAGUCCCCUUGAUGAUCUGAGAUUGAUGAACCCUAGUGCAUGCGACCAGAUAUUGAGUCUUUACUUGAAAGAUUCAAGUCAGUCGUCAGCUUCAUCGGUUUACUCGUCGGUUUCUCCAUCAGAGGCUUCGUCGAAUGCACUUAAUGAUGUGUUUGAGGAGGUCUUACAUGCAUAUGAUUCAGUUGAAGACUUUUCCCAAUACGAUAGUCUUUUCGAUGAUGAGAAACACUCAGCAUAUAAUGCGCCUAUUAAAAGUGAUUCCAGCUCAAAAGACCAUGCUAAUGAAAUUCCCUCUGUUCCAAAGGAAUCUUCAGCUGAGGCAAAUUCUAUUGCUAGAAAAGUGGAAGUUGCACAAGAAUUUGCUACCAAAGACAAAACGUCUGUUCCAGAACUACCGGUUUGCCCAAAACCAGGUCAUUCUGACCGCCCAAGUAGUGUGUUUUAUCCCCCAUCGGCUACUUUAAGGCAAAGAGUACUUUCCCUCAAUGGUGCUUAUGAUUAUAGUCUUGAUAUGUGUGCUGAUUAUGACAAGUCCCGCUUCAUGAUACCCGAAGAAGACAGAAUACACCCCAUAGGAGCUCGGUCGCGUCAUUCGCAUUACCUAGAAAAGAGUUUGUGGGUUCAGCCAAGAAAGCCAGAAGUUGCACCAAGUCAUGCUUCGCGACGUUUCUCAUCUGGCCCUCUUCUCAAGGUAAAGAGACUCUUUAGUGCGCACUAA